AUGCAUCACAAGCAGCCGGGGACGAAGCCACCGUCGAAGGUGGCUGCAGCUUGGUACGCUGGAUGGCACGCAGGUGCCUCAGAUUUCCCGCUCUCGAAAGUGAGCUGGGCCAAGUACACGCAUUUGACGUUCGCCUUCGCAGAGACGACGUUCAAUGGAGCCCUCGAUUUGAGUGGCUCAAACCCCUCUGUUCUUCCCCAGUUCGUCAAGCAGGCACGGAGCAACGGUGUCAAAGCCUUGGUUUCAAUUGGAGGCUGGACGGGAUCCCGAGGGUUUUCCGUCAACGUUGGCUCGGCGCAAAACAGAACGGCCUUCGUGAAGACAGUGACGGAUUUUGCCACGAAAUACGGCUUGGACGGGCUUGACUUCGACUGGGAAUACCCCGCCAACCAAGGCAUAGGCUGCAACACUAUCAGCCCACGCGACACCGCCAACUUCCUAUCCUUCCUGCAAGAGCUGCGGCAGCACCCCGUUGGGAAGACGCUCAUCGUCACUGCCGCCGUUGCAACGCGCCCUUUCAUCGGACCCAAUGGUUCGCCACUCUCCAACAUCGCCGGGUUCGCCUCCGUCCUUGACUGGAUCGCUAUCAUGAACUACGACAUCUGGGGUCCGUGGAGCGGCUCCGUCGGGCCCAACGCACCGCUGGACGACACCUGCACAACGGCGGCGAAUCGAGCGGGGUCAGCAGUGUCCGCAGUGAAGCAAUGGACGGCGGCUGGGAUACCUGCGGCGCAGAUCGUGCUAGGCGUGCCUGCGUAUGGGCACGCGUUUCGUGUGAGGAAGGUGAACGCGUUCGUGAAAGGAUCGACAACGAGCUUGGCUGCGUAUCCUGCAUUCGACACCAGUGAUCCACCUGUCGGGGAUAGGUGGGACGAUGUUGCAGGCGUGGAUGUGUGCGGGAAUGUGUCGGGGCCAGGUGGAAACAUAAAUUUCUGGGGCAUGAUCACGCUAGGAUACCUCAACCCAGACGGUACGCCCAAGGCGGGUAUUCCGUUCAGAUUUGACAGUUGCAGCCAGACGCCCUACGCAUACAACGCUACUUCCGAGAUCAUGGUCUCCUUCGACAACGCUCAGUCUUUCACUGCCAAAGGAAGUUUCAUAAAGAACAACCAACUGAGGGGUUUCGCGACCUGGGAAGCAGGUGGAGACUACAAAGACAUCUUACUCAAUUCCAUCAGGAAGGCCGCAGGAUUCUGA